AUGGGGCCCGACCUGGGCUGGGCUGCGCUGGUGCUGCUCUUCGCCGCCUCGCUGCUCACCGUGGCGGCCUGGCUGCUCCAGUACUGGCGGUCCACGGCCCUGCGAGCACUACGGCGUCGCGGAGCGGCGGGGGAGGAGGCCGGGGCCCGGGCGCUGCUCGCGGCCCUUCUCGCCCUGAGGUCCCUACGGGAGCAGUGGCAGCGAACUUGGGUGCGAGCUCUCAACAGCCAGGCGCGCCGGCACGGGAGUUCAGUGCAGAUCACAUUUGAAGAGGGUCCUCAGUUACCACAAGCUGCCAAUAUAAGUUGUGUGACAUGCAAGGGACUGUCAGACCACAGCAUGGUGCUGUGGUGCCAUCUGUCAGCUGAAGCUGUGAAAUUCCCUGUCUCUGUUACUCAGCAGUCCCCAGUUGCUGUUUCUGUGGACACGUAUCAUGUCACUUUGGCUGUGCUGCAGGCUCAGGUGGAGAUCCACUUGGAGGAGAUACAGAAUGAGGGUCUCCUGGUGUCAUGGACAUUCAAAGACAGACCAGACUUGGACCUUUUUGUUCUUCCACGACUUGGGCUUCCUGAGAAGGAUGAAGGGAGAGCAGAUUUGUCCACUAUAAAGGAUCUGGUCGAGGAUACCAUUGUCAGCACGAAGCCAGCCAUGAUGGUGAAUUUGGUGGCCUGUACCGCUGUAGCCAGUGCGAUACCCAGCAAUAAGUUGACUCGAGAGUCCCCGUCCAGAGUAGCAGCAGCCCCUCUGGUUUCUAAGCUGUUGCUCCGGAAUCUUCGAGUGCUGAACUUGGGCUGCCAGGGAAAGGGAGGAGUUGGGGAGAUACGCUGUGUGGCAGAGCUAGACAGCCCCCCGCAGCAGAAGUGGACGAGGCCAGUGAUAGGUGGCAGUGUCGGUGCUGCCGGAGAGAUGGAGUGGAAUGAUGAGUUCUUUCUGGAGUUGGGACCUAGAAGCAAAGAACUGAAACUACAGGUGCUGAGGAGCAGCGAUGGAGGGGGAAAUGUGCUGCUGGCAUAUGCCACACUUUUGAUAGAUUCUUUGGACAAGCAGCCAUCUGGGAGACAGGUCUGCUCACUGGCCCCGGGAGCUGGACAGUCACUGACAGCUGAAGCUACCAUUGCAUUGGAGCUGCUGUACCAGGAGUCUCCUGCAUCUCUGAAUGCUCCACAUGCUACAUCUCUGAGAACCAGCAUCACCCCCACUAAGAAGGUGGAGAUGGACCGGACCAUCAUGCCUGACGGCACCAUUGUGACUACUGUCACCACAAUUCAGUCCCGGCCCAAGGCAGACUGCAAACUGGAUUCACCAUCGAGGUCGCCUUCCAAAGUGGAAGUGACUGAAAAGACAACAGUGCUUUUGGAGACUGGCCGCCCUCACGGCCACUUGCCCAGCAGUAGCCGGGAUAGCCGUUUGCCCAAUGGCUUGGAUCCGGUGGCUGAGACGGCAAUCAGGCAGCUAACUGAGACGAAUAACAAGACCACCAAGAAGACACCAACGAAACGUAGUACACUGAUCAUCUCAGGAGUGUCCAAGGUACCUAUUGCUCAAGACGAAAUGGCACUUUCUCUGGGUUAUGCUGCAUCCCUGGAGGCCACAGCGUAUGGGGACUCUGAGGCAGACAGCACAGCUGACCAGAUGCAUGAUUUUACUGAAUUGUCACAGCCACUGGAAGCGUUGCCAUCGGGUCAAAGGGACAGUCAGGAGCUGGAUGAGACAACGCGAUCAGAUGUCUCUGAAAGACCAUCUGUGGAAGAUGUUGAGUCUGAAACUGGCUCCACAGGAGCCCUUGAGACAAGGAGCUUGAAAGAUCACAAAGUUAGCUUUCUUCGGAGCGGUACCAAGCUCAUCUUCCGGAGAAGGAGCAAGCAGAAGGAAGCAGGCCUGAGCCAGUCACACGAUGACUUGUCCAAUGUCACUGCCAACUCCACCACCAGAAAGAAAACUGGUAGCUUCUCUCACCGCCUCAUCAAACGCUUCUCCUUCAAGUCUAAAUCCAAACCCAAAGGUGGUGACAACACAUCAGCUGGUGAAAACUGAAGGAGGGAGAAGCCCAUUGGAAAGAUUUCUCAGAGAUUGUUUUCUAGUCUCUUGUCUUCCCACUCCAUGGUAUCUGUGACUUGCAGUCCAGUUCUUUCCAACCUUGGCUGAGGGAAGACACCCCAGUGCUUUAUGCCGUUUGGGGAGCGGAGGUGGCAAACCCGGGACUUAGGUUGUUUGGCUGCCUUGGCUUAGCCUUCUCUGCUUGUUGCACCCUACUGUGCUCUCCCAGAAAAUCCAGGUGGCAUGCUAAUCCCCCUGGGGGUUCCAGGAACUGUAGAAAUGACUCCGUGUGUGUCAUCAGGUGCCUCAUGGAAACGGGGGGCAGGUCUCUCAAGUGGCAACCUUCAGAGUUAAAAUCAAGAAACUACUGGGUUAGCUACAGGGCCAAGAAGUGUGAGAUGUAGCCUCAUUCAGGUCUUCUAGUGACAGAGAAUGAUGCAGUCACUGAUGAUCUAAACACUGCUAUUGCUUGUGCUCGGUGCAGAGGCUGUAACUUGAGGUGUGCUGCGGGGUGAUGUGUUCCUGAGCUGUGAGCUCUCAGAAGACAGCUGUCAGCUGUCAGAGUUGUGGUCCUCCAUCUGGCUCUGCCAUUGGAACAGUGUCUGGUUCAGACAGCUCUGAGGAACCCCUGUUUUCUGUGCUCUGUUGGUGAAGGAAGAAGUCUCUAAGAAGAAGGAAGUUUUAACUACUGUAUAAGUUUUCAUAGAAGCCUGAGCCUUCGCAAGAAUGCCUGGUCAGUGCUGUUGGUUCUGCCACCCUGUGCAGCCACCCCGUGACACAACGCUCCUUCCACAUCUGUGUUCUUGAACAGGGAAGGGCAUGUACUGAAUGCACACACCAGCUAUUGUAUGAGCAGAUCCCUUAGUCUUGGGGGUUAUUGGGGAUGUUGCCAAAGGGCUGCCAGGCUGUCUUCCAGACCUGCCGAGUGUCCAGUCUCGUGCUGUCAUGGCUCUCAUGCCAAGGACUGGCACCAUGCUGGGGAUGGAUGGCAAGGAAUGUAGUGAAGGGCAGUCUAAUGGGGAGCCUGAAGGGGCUUGCACAUGGCAGAAAGAGGCAAGAGUUUACAUAUUGUCACUGAUGGGUUUCCUUUAGUAGAGGGAAUCUUUCUGGAUUGUAUUUGGUAUUUCCUUUCUUCUCGCAAACACGGUCCCCUCUGUUCAAACAGAGGACAUUUCUGCAGCAGGUACUUGCAGAGAUGGAGAAGUGUGCAGGGGAAAAUAAAAUCCCUGUGCAGGAGGAGACUGUCCUUCUAGAGAAACAGUUGUCCGGUCUCCUGGCCCAUACACAUUUUAUCUAUAAUAUUCCCAGAAGUUUCCUUCAGAUAGCACAUAACAAUGCUCUUUGGAGAUACACUCAUGUCCUGUCAACAUGCCUGGUUUGAGAGACACCUCCUGCUAUCCUGUGGGUUGUUGAGCUAAGGAGGUAGGACAGAGGGGAGGAAAAACCUCAUGGAAGAGCUAUUUCCCAGGCCUGACUGGAUUCUCUAGUUCUGCUCUUCCAUCAGAGUAUCUCCUGUGGUAGUGUCUGCUGCCCUUCCUUGUACAGGAUGCUGCCAACUGAAAAAGCAGUUCUCUUGAUGGCGCAGGUUAAAUGUGUUUCUUGAAAGGACAAACCCUGACUUGCUGAUACUGCUGCCGUGUGCCAUUUCCAAGGACCAGAACGUGUUUGGUGUGCUGCAGCAAAAGGAUUUACGGGUGGCUGUUUCUUGCGAAUUUGUACAGGUGGGGAAGGCCAGAGUUUCCAAGGGUUGUAACUGAAAGUGCCUGUGUGUGCUAGCAGGAGGGACUCCUGGCUGUUUUUCCUGCUGAUUCCUCACAUGAUUGGGCAUGUAUGAAUCUGAAAAAUCGUAUUGGUUCAGCUGGCUGACCAGGAAUCUCUACAUCUGUUUUGGUCUGUGAGUCUUUGUUGUUCUCAAACUCUGUCAUAUCUUUUAUCCUUUGUUUCUUUGUUCCUUGUCCGCAUAGCACUGUGGCUUUGUUUGCACUUCCAUGCACUAUGGAUGCCAGAGAACUCGCUGUUUCUCACUGAGAAUGAUUUUCCUUGAUGUCAGUGACUGGUUUGCACUCCAGUGCCAUUAGAACUUGGUCAUCUGUAGCUUGCCUAUAGCAAUCCAGCCACCGAUUUCACAUCAUCUUCUUUUGCUGGGUUGGUGCCGUGUGGUGCUGUCACAUGCGGUCUGACGCACCCUUGUUCUCAAAGUCUCGGAGUUUGGUUUUUGGAUUUUAUUUAUUCAUUAGGACACCAUCUCAAGGUACUAAACCAUGAAGAUUUGAAUCCAGACAGCACCACUUCUCUGGCAGGAGACUGUGAAGCCUUGCACUAGAAAUGCUGGUUUGAGCAGAAGAUCCUAUGGCAUUUCAGUUGUAGGUUAGUCAAGGACCUACCAUGAGUCUCAUUUGCUAGUCCUGUGUUCUUUUCUUUAAACUGUAAGAGCUUGAGCUGUCUUGGUGUGGAGCGGCUGGAGGUGAACACCGUUCACCGUUCUUCGGAAUCGGGGAUCUGAGGCUCAUGUACACAAAGGAGGACUGUGAGGGCUUGCCAACGUUGUCCUUGUCACUGUAGACUGGAGGCAGAAAAGGCAAGGUUUCUGUCUGACAAACACAUACCUAGAUUCUUGACCAGCAUAUUUUGGUCCGGCUUGUAGGAGGAGGUGAUAGGAAAGGGAGUUAAACAGAAGCUCAAGCUACUCCUUGCCUUGGGGACUCUUUCUAGCUAUGUUAAAUGGGCAGUUCCUGUCAUACAUCUGUGGCUUUCCUGUUUUGUUCCUGGUUUGUUGGCUCCAGGCUAUGCCUGCCAGUGACUUGCAGAGAUACAGUUUUUGAUUUUGAACUUGAUGUGGCGGAAGACAUCUGGACUGUGUUUGGCCAAGCGAAUGGUACAUGGGAAGCAUGCCGGUAGGGGCAUAUCUUCCCUUGAAUUUUUAGCAGUGUUUUUUUACCAUUGGCAGUAAAUUGUGCUGCAAAUCAGUAUCUGGUUAAACGGCUUGCAAAGGAAAGGGAUGUUGUCAAGUGCUGGCAGAGCACAUCUUCAAAUAUUAGGACCUACAUCUACUUGUGUUUCCUAGAAGAGAUGUAUUUUCUGACAUUUUGUUGCUUCUCAAAGUUGUACAGCAUAGGAAUGCUAUUGUAACCUUUUGUCUUCUUUUGAAUGUUCUCUGUAAGUCCAGACUGGUUUUCAUGGUGUUUGUCAAAAGUACUGUUUGAGGAACAGAGGGGAUAGCAGGGUAUGGGUCUGCUGUGUCCAAUGGAAAUUUUUUGGUUCUGAUACUCUCCUCAUUAAACGUGUUGAUCUUUCCUCUUCUUAUCUGAGCAAGGCUUUCUUUCUGGCCCACAAAGAUGUUUUCAUCCCCCGGAGAGUAGGUGCCGUUUUUUUUUAAUCCUGACUUUAAGAGCACGGGUUCCUGGUUCCUCAAAGGCUUGAAUGGUAAUGAAUUCACCUCGUGGUGGAGGUGUGGUUAUUGGUGUGAGAAACAAUUUGUCUAUUCUGAUUUUCUCAGAUGGAAAGAGAAGGUCACACAGGGUUCUCCAGAAGCUGCAAAGAUGAAGUCCCCAGGAAUCUCCCCCCACAGAAUGGCUGCUUUAAGAAACCUCUUUUGUAUUUAAUGUAUUCUGUGUUUCUGGCUUUAGGACAGAAGAAAUGCUAUUUGAAAUCUACUUUCCCUGUUAAACUUCUUCCAGAUACCUGUGCCCUUGCCUUGGUGCUGCUGUGGGCUCUGUGGCAUUUCAUAAUGCUUGAGACCACAGAGUAACCCCAUGAAUGGCACAGGCCACCAUCAAAAUUUUUAAGCUCGAAUGAUCUGCAGUUGGCAGAUUGUUGUCUCAGGGUAGGCUCGCUUUUUGCACCUUGUGAAAUUGGUCCUUGACCAAAUAUAUGGUGGAAAAGGAACAGCAGAGCAGUGGGCUUGAAUGCGUGGAGGCUUCAACCUGCAUAUGAGGGCCUGCUUUCCAGAUGCUGUGUUUUCCUACUGGCUGCACAAGCAGAACACUUGACUUGUACAUGAAGCCAAAGCAGGCAUUUUGUUGAGAUUAUUUUGGGUUUUUGUUUGUUUUGGUUUGCUUGGAGGGUUUUUUGGUUUAUAAGGGGUUUCUUGUUUGUUUGUGGGUUUUGUUUGUUAGUUUCCUAUUUUGGCUGAACAGAUUUACUAGAAUUUACCUGUGUAUUUUCACUUCUCUGAAGAAAAUAGAUUUACGUUAGCUGAAAGCUGUAACUAUGCUUGUAAGUAUAUUUCAGUCUAGAUAAAUCUUCUCCCUAUGCUUAGGGGCAAGGCUGUUUAGGAGUGUCAUCAUCCACAAAGCCCUCGGUGUUGGCCCACGAGAGAUAUCCUCUUGAGUCAGUGGAAAGCAGACACAGGAAAAAAUGAAGGGAACCUCAAAACCUCAGUGUUCUGAGGGUGCCAUAGGAUUUAACAUGAUGGAUGUCUGAGGCCAGAGGAAUUGGGUGCAUGGAUGUGUAUUUGCACGUGCUUAUAAUUAGAGCAUACUCUAAUUAUAGAGUAUGUGGUGCAAAGUGACUGAGGACGACAAUGCCGAUAGAUGGGACAGGAGAGUGGCCUUACCAGCUUCUGUGGCAUUCAUACCCAUUUAUUGCACAGACUUAUGCAGGAGCAGACCUGAGCAAGCAAGUCCAAUUCCUGCCCCUGCAAGCACCCUCAUGCAGCUUAUGCAGUUGAGGGUGGGGUUUUAGGCAGCUUGACUGAAAUGGGGAAGAGCAAGGGGAGACUACUUACCUGGAGAGCAAGUUCAGUGAAGGGGAAUGUAAUGAAAGCUUCUUCCAACCACAGGCAAGUGCUAUAUUUAGAUUAGAACUGGGCGUCUGGCAAAUGUUCUUGUUAAAGCAAUGAUGUAGUUUCUCUUGGGACAUUGUUUGCUAAACCUACAGAGAAGUAAUUUCUGAGUAGCCGUGGAGAUGCUUGAGUGUUUGGAGCGUUGUAGUUUGUGGUCUUUUGGCGUUGUUCUCUCCAUCCCAACUCCCCUAGUGCAAGGUCACGGUGAGUCUCAGGGUAGAGUAACAGUCCCAGCAUUGGUCAAACUUCUGGCAAAGGUGUGCUUGUGAUCUCACAGCUCCUUCUACAGGCAUGACUGCUUCACAUCACCUUUCCUUGCUUUGUAAGGUACUGGACCAAAUACCCACACGGAAUUUGAAUUAACACCCUUCCUUGUGUGUGCUCUCUUGUACUUUGAUGCGUUCUGUCUGGGUGGAUUAUUUUGACCCCACAUUGUUCAGGUGGGAAAGAAUUGGAACUGUGUAGCUAAUAAUGAAAAUAAAACUACAUAUGACUAAAUGAAGUUCUUGCACCUUUGUAAAUCUCAAAGAAGAAUUCUAUUGCUGUGUAAUGGCUGAAUCUGUUAACUUAUUAAACCACAUGAAAAUCAAAA